AUGGCUGAUGUUUCCGACACCAAGAUUCAGGAAGCCUACGUGGACGUGCGCUCUGACAAAUCGGAUACCAACUGGCUGCUGCUUGAUUAUCAGUCCGAUCGCUCCGAUAGAUUGGUCCUCACGCGGACUGGCACUGGCGGCCUGUCCGAGCUCCGUGAUGCGCUAGAUGACUCCAAAGCCUCUUUUGCCUACGCACGUGUCACCUAUUCCAAUGACAAAGAAUCGCAGCGCGAGAAGUUCAUCCUCGUGGUUUGGAUUGGUUCAGGGUGUAAGGUUAUGCGGAAAGCCAAGAUUUCUGUCCACACUGCUGACGUCAAGGGGGUGUUGCGAGCUUACUCAAUAGAGGUUGCCGCCCGGGAGAGAGAUGACUUGCAAGAGGACCCUAUCGUUGUCAGACUGCGGAAAGCCGGUGGCGCCAGUUACGACGGAAUAUAG